AUGGAGUGGUUGUACCUAGGUAGAGGUACGGAGGAGGGAAUAGGUACUAAUCACUGCACAGAGAGGAGAAUCCAUCCCAGAAGGGAAAGUCUGCACGACGACGUCACCGCGAGGCCCACUUUUUUUCAUCUACAAAAUAUACUUCUCCAUCAGGCCUCAUGCUUCUCUUCUUCUUCACUCCCCUCUCUCCUCCAUUCUACAGCUCCCUCAUCAUCAACCAUGAAGUGGCUCGGUUUGCUGGCUCUCGCCGGCACUGCGCUGUCCCACGCCCACCACGACGACGCCGAGGUCGUCCCCGAGCAUCUGCGCGCGGAACUGUUGAAAAAAUGGGACCAAGAGUUCACUUUCACCGGCAUCGCCAGCUUUGCGCAUCUCAAGCCGAUCAAAUGUCUCGUCGAGCCUGACGAGCGAUAUGACAUCGCCGUGAUCGGCGCGCCGUUCGACACCGCCGUCAGCUACCGACCAGGCGCCCGGUUCGGUCCCCGCGCCAUCCGCGCCGCCAGCGCGCGCCAGAUGGCCGGCACGGCGUACAACACGCGCGCAGGCAUCAAUCCGUACAGCUCGUGGGCGAAAGUGACGGACUGCGGCGACAUCCCGAUCACGCCGUUCGACAACGCGCUGGCGGAGCGGCAGAUGUACGAGGCUUUUCUGGAGCUGGGGUCGCGGGCGGCCGUGACGCCGGCGGAGGCGGCGCACGGCACCAAGGGUAUCUCGGCGGGCAAGGCGAAGCUGGUGACGCUGGGGGGCGACCACAGCGUGGCGCUGCCGGCGCUGCGAGCGCUGUACCAGAUCUACGGGAAGCCCAUCACGGUGCUGCACUUUGACGCGCACCUGGACACGUGGAACCCGGUGCGGUACUCGGCGUACUGGCAGUCGGAGCAGACGCACUUCAACCACGGCAGCUUCUUCCACAAGGCCAGCCGCGAGGGCCUCAUCUGCAACGCGACGUCCGCCCAUGCGGGUCUGCGCACCCGCCUCACCGGCGUUGACGACAGCGACUACACCAACCCCGGCCCCGAGCAGGGCUUCCUGCGCAUCCACGCCGACGACAUCGACGAGCUGGGCGGGCCCGUCGGCAUCAUCGACAAGAUCAUUGACCGCAUCGGUCUCGACCCGGACCAGCCCGUCUACCUCUCCGUUGAUAUCGACGUGCUCGACCCGGCCACCGCCCCCGGCACCGGCACCCCCGAGCCCGGCGGCUGGACCACCCGCGAGUUCAUCCGCAUCCUGCGCGGCAUCGAGAAGCUGAACAUUGUGGGUGCCGAUAUCGUCGAGGUGUCGCCCAGCUACGACAACAAGGGCGAGACCACCGCCCUGGCCGCCGCCCAGGUCGCCUUCGAGAUCAUCACCAGCAUGGUCAAGGCCGGCGCCGGGCAGGAUCUCGGCGGUUGGUACGGCCGCAAGGAGGCUGUGGCGGGCGAGGCGCCCGCCGAGAAGGAGGUCAAGGACGAACUGUAA